AUGACGCCUUACUUUACGAACGAUAACGGCGGGACUGGCGUGACCCGAUCCAACGGCGCAGAAGAUGCUCCGGCAAUAGGCGGAAUAGCAACCACUGCUCAGCACAAUUGUUCUAUUCAAGGCUCAGAUCAUGUAGUCGAUACGGAAUUCCUCAUUGUCGGGGCGGGACCUGCUGGGGCAGCCUUGGCUUGCUUUCUCGGUUCUCAUGGACUGCAUGGCAUCAUGAUAAGCAGCGCCUCAGGAACAGCGAACACCCCACGCGCACAUAUCACGAAUAUGGCGGCGUUAGAAUGUCUACGGGAUAUUGGUUUAUAUGACGAACUAGUCAAAUUGGGAUCCACAGGGGCAGAUCAUAUGCAACACACUCGAUGGUGCCAUAGUAUGGCAGGCGAGGAGUACGCACGCAUCCAUUCCUGGGGGAACGACCCUAGACGAAAGGGAGACUAUGAACUAGCCAGCCCAUGUAAACCGUUUGAUCUGCCGCAGACAAUUUUGGAACCGUUUCUGGUUCGACAUGCAGCUUUGAAAGGUUUCCAAUGUCGUUUUGAUACCACACUUACUUCUUUCUUUACCGACCUGAAGACUGACCUGAUCAUUGCCAAUAUUCGCGAUAAGCUGUCAAACCACGAUUACCAGAUUCGUACCCGAUAUCUUUUUGGGGCUGACGGCGCUAGAAGCGAGGUGGUGAAGCAGCUCAAGUUGCCCCUAGCGGUCCAACCUAGUCAGGGUAUUGCAAUUAAUGUGCUGAUCAAGGCUGACCUCUCCCAUUUGAUCAAAAACCGAACGGGCAAUCUACAUUGGGUGAUGCAGCCAGAUCGGGAGCACCCAUGUUUUGGCUGGAUGGGAAUUGUUCGCAUGGUAAAGCCAUGGAAUGAGUGGAUGUUCAUUUUGUUUCCCGAUAACAACUAUGAUCAUUCUCAAGGCAAGCCGUCUAAGGUGGAGUAUCAAAGGAGAGUACAGGAGUUUAUUGGUGAUGACACACCCACAGAGGUCCUGGAUAUCUCCACGUGGUAUAUUAAUGAGAUGGUCGCAGAGAAAUAUUCAGAGGGCAACAUCUUCUGCCUUGGUGAUGCCGUGCACCGUCACCCUCCAUUAAAUGGUCUGGGCUCAAAUACGUGUAUUCAAGAUGCCUUCAACCUCGCUUGGAAGGUCGCAUAUGUUCACAAGGGGCUUGCGUCACCGUCUCUUCUAUCCACUUACUCCAUCGAGAGACAGCCCGUAGGUCAUUCGAUUAUCACCAGAGCAAACCAGGCAUACCGAGAUCACUUCCUCGUCUGGAAGGCUCUAGGCAUGCUGUCCACUGACUUGUCCGCACGAAAAGGGAUUCUGGAGGAGUUAAAGAGUGCAACACCAGAAGGGUCAGACCGCCGCCGUGCCCUGCAUGCGGCAAUCAAGCAUACCUCUCAUGAAUUCCAUGGCCUUGGAAUUGAAAUGAAUCAACAUUACGAAAGCCAAGGGGUCUACACAGCUGACGAAUCCAAUCCCUAUGUGCUUCUCGGACGAGCGGCCGAAGAUAAUGUCCUGCAAAACCGGGGGGAGCCUAUUUCAACAAUCGACAUUACUGGCCAUGGCGCUUUCACAAUCUUAACUGGGAUCGGAGGUGGGCAAUGGAAGAAAGCCGCUGAGAGUGUUGCCGAAAGGCUUAAGGUUCCGAUACAAGUGCACACUAUUGGAUUCAGACAGGACUGGGAGGACGUUUACUUUGAGUGGGAAAACUUGCGAAGCGUGGAAGAAUCAGGGGCCGUGUUGGUGCGGCCCGAUCGAUUCAUUGCAUGGAGAGCACCAGAGGUUCCCCAGAAUGCUGGUGCAUGCGAGUCGAAGCUUCUUGAAGUUAUGAGAUACAUUUUAGGAUACGGUGAUGUAUCACAGUCACAUUGA